AUGCCCGGGAUCUAUACACCAUCGCCGUCGCGUGCGCAAACUACCGCUAGGACGAGCUACUUCGAUGCGGCUCCGCGCUUUUCGUUGGCAUCUGAAACCUCCGGUUACCAGGUGACUGACCACGAGACCCGAAAGCGGACCCGAGACAGCUACACCACUCAACCUUCCACCACGGGCAUCUGGAACGACAACACUUUGGGAUACUCCCGUACUGCAGACACCAAGAGCCCUCCUCCGCUUGCACACGAUCGCUAUCAGCUCGCUGAUGGUGGUAUGGAAGGGUCUCGUACGUUUGGGAGACAGGCUGGAGACUACGACGACUACUUUCAGCUUCAGAGGCAGCGCGGACAGUGGUCUGUUCCCCCAACACCAUACAACGGUCUGAAGCCAAUGGCCGUAGACGGCACGCAAACAACACCAAAUGGCACAAAACCUUGGUCGAUCCUCGGCCUCGUUGGAGGAGUGGCCGGCAAGCUAUUCCAGUUCUGCACCGUACCCUUCCGAGGUUUCCAGGCUGGAGGCGGCCAGAUGUAUGCGGUAGACUCACAGGAAGAAAUCGCCUCCAGACUUGGGCUCCACGACGAUCCAUUCUCACAUCCCCACUAUCCAGCCGGUCCGGUCCGACAUGUCGCGCCUGGCAGCUUUCCACAAGAUGACUACGGGAUCGACGAUCUUUCCUUGGAAGUGCCAAAGCAGCACCCUCGUCGCAUAGCAGACAACGAUCGCACAACCGUCUAA